AUGAGUGGUUUCAAUAGAAAAAGAAGAUUUGUUGAAUUGUCAAAAACCUUAUGUGGUGACAUUAAUACACUUGGUGAAUCUUCAAAGAAGUACGUCGAAGAUGUUGAGUUCAUGACUACGCCAAUAAUUGGUAAUUUCGAAACCGAGAAGACUCUUCGUGAUGCUGUUUUAAGCACAUUAUUCGGUGUUGUUACAGAACAACCACAAAAAGUUCUUCAUAUUUCAGGUCUUGUUCAAGUUGUCAGCUCAAAGAGUCCAGCUAUUGGUAAGAUAGUUGCUGAAUUCUUUCAUCAAAAGGCUCAAGAAGUUAUUGAGGUAGCAUUAAAUAGAGAUAUCAUUCCUGAGUCAUUUGAAACUGGUCCUUGGAAUAAGCUCAAAUUGAUCUUAAGAUUUCUUUCAACCCUUACAUCAAUUCUCAGAGAUUCAAGUUUGAUCAGUAUAUAUCUUCAAUUCUUAAACUUUGCCAUCGAUUUACAAAAUUCAUCACCAGAUAAAAGAAAUGCAUUGGCUGAAGCUAUCUUCUACAAUACAUUGAUUAAUGUUCCUUAUUUAGUUUCAUAUGGUCAGCCUUCUGAAGAAUUGAAGAAGGGUAUUAACGAGAUAUUAACUACAGCUGAAGGCUUUAAAAUUGUGAAACAAAAUAUUUCAAUCACCAAACCUUUUGUUGUCAAAGAUACCGAUGCUCCUUACGAAGCAAAGAGUAUUGUUGAAUUGAUUUUACCAGCAGUAAAAGAGUUUUUGUCAGAAGAUUUCACAAAAGUUCAUAAAGUGUUUCCAGAGUUAGGUCCUUCUUUACAGCAUUUGAUUGUUGAAAUUGAAAAAGUUGGCUUGCCUCAAUUUUCCAUUCAAUCAGUUGAAUCUUACGCCGAUAUAAGUGGACUAGAUACAGGAAUCGGCAGUGUUGAUGGUAUGUGGAGAACACAAAGACUUACAUUCGAGGUUUAUUUACCUGUAUAUGGCUUUGACACUGUUCCAAAAAGCACAGAUUUUAUUGGUUUACUAUUCGAUGACAUUGUCAUUGAUAUAGUUGAAGCGCUAGAGUUCAACAGAAAGGAAGUUGCCAGACAAAUAAUCACAUUAGAUUUAUUUUUUGCAAAUGGCGUGUUUGCACCACCAGCUAGCAGUGUUGAUAAUUUGAAAGAAAUUCAUCAAAAUAAUCAAGAGUCUGAACACAAGUCAUCAACUUGGAAAACUGAAGAUGUUGCUAUUAAAAAUGUUUUGUCGUUAAUAUUCAAGCUUCCUGAUGUAUCACAACCAUUUGCUUACUUUUACACCACAUUGGUUGAAGCGUGUACAAAUGCAGCAUCUGCAAUUGCACCAGUUCUUGGUAGAGCGAUCCGUUUCUUUUACUCGAACAUUCAUAUUACUGAUUUUGAGUUGAGGUUCAGAUAUCUUGAUUGGUUAGCUGUUCAAUUGAGUAAUUUUAACUUUACUUGGAAAUGGCGUGAAUGGGAAGUUGAUUCAGCUAAGAAUUCUAAAAGCAAAUACCACCCAAGAAUUGUCUUCAUUAAAAAUAUCAUUGCUAAGGAACUUAGAUUAGCCACAAGUGAAAGAAUCCAACAGACUCUUACAGAAGAAUUUCACCAAUAUUUGAAUACUUCGUUAUUCGAAAGUUCUGAAAUUAAAGAUUAUUAUGUUUCAUUGUUUGGUGAAGUUAACCUUAAGGAUGUAAACUUGAAUUUUGAUGAAGAGCAAAACAAAUUAUUUUUCUUGAGUGACAAUGUGUCAUUGAAAGAAGAUACCGAGAAGUUAAUCGAAAUUUUACAUAGGGAAGCUACAAAUGAAGAAUACACCAGCCUCAUCAAAUCAAUCAAAGAAAAAAUUAAGGAUUAUAAAUCACCAGAUGCUUUAUUGAUAACAUUUGUCUUUCAAGUCAUUGCUUUUGUGGGUAACAGAUCAAUUUCACAUGCAGGUAAAUACGUGGGUAAUACUUUCAAUUUCUUGAGAACUUUGUUGGGUAAAGAAUCUUCUGUAUCAAAAGAGAAAGGUUCUAGCUCUAGUGAAGGUGAAAUUAUCGAUUCAAAAAACUCAAGCGGUGAUGCUGAAGAAGAAGAAGGUAGAUUGGUUGAGGUGGAGUCGCCAAAUGUUGUUGCUCAGAGAGAGUUAUGGGCUGUUGAUGCUAUAAUCAAGUAUUGGAACUCAGCUCCUGAAAAUGGUUAUUUGGUUUUAGAUGUUUUGGAAUCUUAUGAUGUUAUAUCAUCUGAAUCUUUGAUCAGAUAUUCAUUGAACGAUGACAAUAAAUACAAUUUGGGAUUGGUGAAUGUUUCAGCUACAGAAUCAAUCUUUAGACUAUUGUCCAGUGCUGCAAUCUCUGGAAAUUCAUCAAAUUUGUUGAAAGUUAUUUAUGGUGAAUUGACCUCAAUAUUAGAAGUCACAACUUUCCGAAUUGAACAGCCUGGUGAAAUCGAAGUUCCUGAUGUCAAUGAUGAAGUUAAUGAAAAAGCUGAGCUCAUCUGGAAAUAUCAUACAACUCUUGGAUUUUUGAAAGCUAUCAUCAGAAAAUAUUCUGGAGAGUUUUUACAAGUUCUUCCUGAAAUAAAUAACUUGUUAGAUGCAAAAAUUACACAUGAGCCUACUAAAUCAGCUAUCAAGAGUUUUAUCGAAGAGCUGAAAUACCUUUAA